GUUCCAAAGUGUUUCCACCCUUCUCACGCAUAUGAAACUCUUUUUUCACCCUCCCCCUUCUUUAACUAUAAGGCAGGCCAGAGAGCCGCACAAACUUUCACUACAGCUCUGCAGAGACGCUGCUUCUGCUUGCUGCGCUCUCGUCGACUCUGCAGCCCUCGCAGUCUGUGCACCUAUGAAGCCUUGGAGUAAAAGCUGCCAACCCCUUGAUUUGAUUCACUUCCUGUAGUCAUACUCCUUCCCAAAAGUGGAGAGGAGGAACCGGGGAAAGGAAGAAAUCUUUCUGUUCUAAAUAAGGCUCUCUCUGCGGAGCAGCAAGCAGCCCCUCGCCUCUGCAUAGCUUCGUAACUUCUGUAGCUUGUGUCAGUGGCGGUCAGAUCGUCGCGCACAGCAGCGUUUUAAAGAGAGACAAAGCACUUCGCGUGAAAAAAUACAAAACUGUGCGCCGUUUACACCCGAAUCCACGCAUGGUACGGAUGAUACGAGCCCUGACGCCCAUCGCCGAGUCUUCUCCUGAUUCCACGCACCAAGCUUGGAGACCCUGUACGCUGUGAGACUUCAGGAGUUCAUGUACUGGAAAAAUGAAGUUUUGUCCCCUCUUUCAGAGGGAAAUAAGAUUCUAUCCGAAGGAAUUCCCACGAAACAGGUGAUCUCAACCGAGCAUCAGAGCACACCGGGAGCCUCGCGCUGCAGUGUGGACUCUAAACACACGCCGAUGUCUCACUCGGACGGAGAAUCCCAGCGGUCCAACAUGGAGCGGGAGGACACUCGCUCGUCGCCCAGCACUCCGUCCACCCCCUCCGUGUGCUCGCCGACCUCCACCACCAGCUCGGUGCCGUCCACCGGGAAGAACAUGUGCGCCAGCUGCGGUCAGGAGAUCCUGGACAGAUACUUGCUGAAGGUGAACAACCUGAUCUGGCACGUGCGCUGUCUCGAGUGCUCCGUCUGCAGGACGUCGUUACGUCAGCACAGCAGCUGCUACAUCAAAAACAAAGAGAUCUUCUGUAAAAUGGAUUAUUUCAGUAGGUUUGGUACUAAGUGUGCCCGCUGUGGGCGGCAGAUAUACGCCAGCGACUGGGUUCGGCGUGCAAGGGGAAACGCAUACCACUUGGCAUGUUUCGCGUGCUACUCUUGUAAGAGGCAGUUGUCCACGGGAGAAGAAUUUGGCUUGGUGGAGGAGAAGGUCCUGUGUCGGAUCCACUACGACACCAUGGUGGAGAACCUCAAACGAGCUGCUGAGAGUGGCAACGGUAUCACAUUAGAAGGAGCAGUUCCAACAGAACAAGACAGUCAACCCAAACCAGCCAAAAGGGCACGAACGUCCUUCACUGCGGAGCAGCUACAGAUCAUGCAAGCUCAGUUCGCCCAGGACAACAAUCCAGAUGCCCAGACGCUACAGAAACUAGCCGACAUGACAGGCCUCAGCAGGAGAGUUAUACAGGUGUGGUUUCAAAACUGCAGAGCAAGACACAAAAAGCACACGCCCCAGCACAGUGGGGCUCCCCAAGGUCACCCCCAGUCCAGAAUACCCUCGUCCCUGCCUGAUGAGCUGCAUUACUCGCCCUUUGGUAGUCCUGAGCGGGCGCGCAUGGUGGCCCUUCAUGGUUAUAUCGACAGUCAUCCCUUCUCUGUGCUGACCUCUCAGAGCCUUCCUCACCAGGCCAUGUCGCUGCCCCAGCUCCCCCUCAGCCGCUAGCCCUCCACCACUAUGACCCUUAUGACUCCUGAACCUCCGGACCCUAACCCCCAGCCUCCCAU